ACAGUGUAUGAGCACCCUUAGUAGAGUGGCAACAGUAGGUCAGUUUACCUUGUGAGUUUACCAAAACAUCGUAUUUGACAACUGACUGUUCACUGUCUCCGCAUCGAUAGAAGAAAUCGGAAGCGCUGAUCGUUCCCCCGAUUAUCUAAAAGCAUAAACUAUGGGUCACGGAUUCGGUGAAUUGGCCAAAGUGCGUGGCAUCGUUGUCCACAAGAUAUCGCCCUUCGAGCAGAGAGCGUUUGCCAACUGGUGGACCAAAUCCAUACCCAACACAUUUCGUCGGAUCCGGUCGCAGAUCUUCGUCGUCACCCCACCAUUCAUCAUUGGCUACAUGGUGUACAACUAUGUAGAGAACAAAUUUGUUCAGAUCAACCGCAAAAAUCCAGCCGACUUCGAGAAUGACGUUUAAAAAUUUAGGCUAGAGUGUAAAUGCCAUAUGUAUUUUUGAAUCCUGGAAAUAGCGAUGAUUGAAUUAACAAAA